UAAUAAUACCCUGAGUUAUAUCAGUGCUGUCUGUAGACUAAAGAUGAUAUUACCUAAAUAAUAUAAAUAGCAUACCCAUCUAUCUAUGUAAAAUACACACAAAUACUUUAUUAUAUGGUACUAAAUAAACAUUUUUUUUCUUUCUUUCUUUCAAAAUAAGCGUCUACUCUAUAUUCAGUUUUUCCCGCAGUCACUCCUGUAGAAAUGAUAGAUUUGCUAAUCAUUUGUCUAUAGGUCAGUAGGUCGUUCCCAUUGGCAGACGAUUUUGCACAAGGGAUGCUGGCGCCAGAGUGUCGGGAGCCGGCGCGCCGCCCUAGUCUCAGUGUCGACCGGCCGCCCGCCCGCCCAGGAUCAAACAACUGGGAAUAUCGUUUCAAAUGUCUAAGCUCUCACGUAAAAUCCCUCAAUAACAAGAUAUGAAUCUCAGUUUGCUACUAAUAUACUGCUUUAUUAUUUGCACGCAUUCCGCGAAACAGAAACAUGUGACUCCAAACAAAACGGUGCCCGUACCUGAAGCGAAAAAAGUCGAAGAAAAUAAACCUGAAGAACGUAAAACGCAAAAUAAAGUUAAUCCUAAGGACAUACCGGACCUAUUAUCGAAGUUACCAAGAAAAAAAAUUAUACAACUCAUACAACCUGAAGCAGUAACACAAUGGGCCAAAGAAAUAUCGGAGAGUCUGCUUGAAAACGAAGAGCUGGUUGUUCAAAGUAAAGAGAUAAUAGCGGGUUUCUCCAAUAUCCGGAUUGCGGCGCGGAAUGGCUCAGCCAUCGUGGAGCAGAUGGCUCGGAAUCUGGAGGACCUGCUGACCAGGCGGGUGAAGGCUGCCGAGGCCAUCAUGCGCCGGGCGGAGGCCCUGGCCAGCGAGGAGAGACACCCUCCCCCGGACUACACAUAUGACUAUAGCAUUGAGCUAAACGAGCUGAAAAAGAAACUAGAGACAGAAAGCCAGUGGGACCUGCCAGAGCACUGCCGCAGCCUGCGCAAGCUCCACCUGCGGCGCAGCGAACACUUCGACGCCGACGUCUCGCUGGAUCACAGCAGCGUGCACGCCGCCGCCGAAGUCUUCGACUGCAGUCACCAGCUUGAUAAGAAGCAAGAGGCGGAGAGCAAGUGGGACCUGCCAGAGCACUGCCGCAGCUUGCGCAAGCUCCACCUGCGGCGAAGCGAACACUUCGACGCCGACGUCUCUCUGGAUCACAGCAGCGUGCACGCCGCCGCCGAGGUCUUCGACUGCAGUCAGUAUCCUGCGUUACUUAGCUAA